UCCUACGAUUUAACAUUAUUCAGCAAAAUAUACAACAUUAAAACCAAUUUAUUUUUAAGCAAUAAAAACGAAACUAUCGCCUUGCCCAGAAUUGGCGAAUUAACAGCUGUUUGGACCAUCGAUAGGGAAUUGGAGAGUGUGCCUCCAUUGGCAGCCAUCGACAAUAGAUAAUAUCUAUCGAAACUAUCGAAAUAGAAGUUUACGCGAAGAGAAGGAAACACAGAGCGAAAAAGAACGCAAAAAAUAAAGGUUAGCGAAAUCUGUGCGACGAAGAUGACCAGUUUCCGCAAGCGCACCGUGCAGAAGCCGAUCCGCGGCACCCGCACCUCGCCGCACACGGCGCAGGUGAUCACCUCCAGCGGAAAUCCCUCCUUGGACGUGGUCAUUGGCGGCGGUCUGCCCAUGGGUUCGAUCUGCCUGAUCGAGGAGGAUCGCUUCAUGACGCACGCCAAGGUGCUGGCCAAGUACUUUCUGGCCGAGGGCGUGAUCUCCAAGCAGGAGAUAUUUUUGGGCAGCCUGGACGACAUUCCGGCCGAGAUGCUGCGUCGUCUGCCCAAACCGCUGACCGAACUGGAAACGGAGGUGGAGCAGCGCCAGGAGCAGGCGCAGGAAGCUGGUGGCGCCGAAAAUGGCCUUAGGAUCGCUUGGCGGUACAAUGAUCUACCGCUGGUAAAUACAGAGCACGCGACAGCCAAAAUCGGUCACCACUUCAACCUGAUGGAGCAAAUGGACUCGAUGAUGCUCUACUACGCCAAUACCACCAUGUGGGACGAUAGCCAGAAGGAGCAGGACAUUGUCAUUGCCGAGGAGUUCUCCAAGAGCAGCUCCCCGACCACUCCAUCGCUGGAGCAGCAGCCCGCGGAGGAUGCCCCACCGAUUCCAGGCGAGGAGACUGCUCCGCAGGAGAAGGUGCCUCCCCAGGAGGAAAACUCUGCCAACAACAACAAUAAUAAUAAUAACAACAACAACAGCAGCAGCGUGACCAGUAGCACAAAAACAGGCAGCCAGGAGUCGCAGUCGCAGAUCUUCCACAACCCCCGCUACCGAGGACUGCUCAACGAUAUUCAACAGCUGCUGCGGGACGAGAGCUUCGUCGCUGGGACCAAGAAGAACCUGUGCCGCGUCUGCCUGACCUCGUUGGGAUCGCCGCUGUGGUACGACGACCACUUCGGUGAGGACCUGAUCAAGUUCCUCACGCUGCUGAUGGCCAGUGUGCGGAACUGCAACUCUGUGUGCCUGAUCACGAUGCCCAUGCACCUGAUUGCCAAGUAUGAUGCCAGCCUGGUGCCCAAGAUCCGCCAACUGGUGGACUAUGCCAUUGAACUGGAGUCGUUUGCCGGUUCGGAGCGUGAAACGCAUCCAGCCUUCAAGGAGUACAGUGGACUGCUCCAUUUGCACAAGAUGUCGGCCCUCAAUACGUUGGCCGUGCACAUGCCGGACACCACGGACCUGGCCUUCAAGUUGCGCCGCAAGAAGUUCGUGAUCGAAAAGUUCCACCUGCCGCCGGAGCUGCAGGAGUCAUCUGCCAAGCCGGACAAUUGCAACUCCGGUCUACUGAGCAAUUCCGAUGCCACAGCCUCGCUGGAUUUCUAGCUGUCAGCGGAAUUAGAAACUAAGUGCGCGUAUGUAACCACGAAACAACUAAAUUGCAUAAUAAUAAGCCAAGUAAAUGCAUUAAUAUAUCAGCCCUGAUUUUGUACCAUUUUGAAAA